AUGGAGUGCUCGCCCGCUAAACCCUUAAAACCUUCUUCAAACAUAACGGUGGAGAUGGUAUCCAAGAUUGCUAAAGUUUGGAGAUUGAGAUCCAUCGGUGUGUUCUCCGGCGAAAACCCACAUAGCCAGACCCAUCCCACGGGCAUUCGCAAGCCUCACUUGAUGGGUGAGAGCAGCAGCAGUGAUGCAACUGGGAGAACAGGUUCCGGCCGUGUUGGUAGGAAGGAUGGAGCUCGUUCUCAGCCUGCUAGCAAGAGUGGGAAAUUGACCGGCGGUGACAAGGAUCUCCUUACGCUGUUUGAUUCAGUUUCAGCUCUGAAAUUGGCAUAUAUUCAGCUUCAGGAAGCUCAUGUUCCUUAUAACCCUGACAAGAUUGUAGCUGCGGAUGAAAUCGUCAUGUCUCAGCUCCGAACUCUCUGCAACAUUAGAAGGUCAGUUAAGGAGAAGCAGUUUGAGAAAUCGAAGCUCGAGUCUUCCCGUUUAGACUCUCUGCGAGCUGAAGUUGAAGCUAAAGAGAGGGUCUUGGAGCAACUGAAGGCCCAAACUGGGGCUAGAGAUGCUGAGAUUGCCCGGUUGAGGAAAGAAUUUCAUGAUUUGGCCACUACCAAUUUACAAUUGGCCGAGACAAUCAAAGCAAGAAUCUUGGAGAAAAGGAGUUGGAAGGUUAUAGAUGCUGCAAUGUUCGAGGAAAUCUUCAGAUUGGCUUGUAAUUCGAUUCAUGAUUUCGCAAAGCCGAUGAUUAACCUGAUGAAAGCUUCAGGGUGGGAUCUAGACUUGGCUGCUUAUGCAGUUGUAAAUGGGGCAACUUACUCCAAAAGGUCGCACAAGAAGUAUGCAUUUGAAGCAUAUGUUUCUCGGAGAAUGUUUCAUGGGAUGUCGCUCAAAUUGUGUGAUGUCGGUGAUGUUAUGAGGUAUGAUGAUCCUAUCGAGUCUCUGAUAGAGAAUCCUAAUUCAGGGUUUGCCAACUUCUGUGGCAAAAAGUACCUGUUCAUUGUUCAUCCGGUGAUGGAGAUAUGUUUCUUUAGGAAUUUGGAUCAUAGGAUGCUGGUGAUUAGUGGGAAGCAUCCGAGAACACCAUUGUACCAAAUCUUUGUGAGAAUGGCAAAGUGGAUUUGGGUUCUACAUGGAAUUGCCACAUCGAUCGAUCCCCAGGCUAAGGUGUUUGCAGUAAGCAGAGGAAGUGAAUUCUCUGAGGUUUAUAUGGAAUCUGUUGAAGAGAAUACAGAAGUCAACUGUAAAGUUGAAUUCAUGGUCAUGCCUGGCUUCAGAAUUGGGGACAAUUUGGUUAAAUCUCGGGUUUAUCUUUCGAAACGAAGAUGA